UUCUCUUUUCUAGUGGAUUCUAGAGUUUCUGGUGGAUUCCAGAGUUUUAUCUUUCAAGUUCAUCGCUUGUGAACUUGUGUUUCAAUCUAGGUUUAGCGCUUGCUUUUCCUAAGGUUUUCCGACUACGUCAGGUGGUAUCAGAGCAGGUUUUCUCCUUCUCUUUUCGAAUCUUGAUCAGCCAUGGGAGAUCAACCAGUGACCAAAGCAGAUUUUCAAGGUUUUACUGUGGAAUUAACCACGGCCUUGGCUGCUUUGACCAAUCAGAUGGAGGCGUUGAAUAACAAUAUUACCAACGCAAAUCAACAAAGAGAUAGGAGAGAGGAACCAAUUAGGGUUCAACGAAGAGGAAACAACCGGGUGGUGAAAGAUGAAAAUUCGAGUUCCGAUGAAAAAAUUUCGGAGGACGAGGUAGCUGAUCAGGGAAAUCGACGAAACAUUCAUGACUAUCGAGUCAAAGAAGAUAUUCCAUUGUUUAAUGGAACUAUGGGAGUUGAAGAGUUCUUGGAUUGGUAGAUCGAUGUUGAUAGAUUUUUCGAUGUCAUGGGUGUUCCCGAGAGUAAGCAAGUUAAGAUGGUGGCAAUCAGGCUGAAGAAAACUGCUGCUGUGUGGUGGGAUAAACUUGUUAUUCAAAGGCAGAGACAAAGGAAAGGACCAGUCAAGACUUGGCGACGUAUGAAACAACUAAUGAUGGAGCGAUUCUUACCAGAAGAUUACGAGCAAAUUCUCUACAAGAUGUAUAUUGAUUGCAUUCAGGGAAAGAGAUCAGUGACAGAAUACACCGCUGAGUUUUUGCGUUUCUCGGAACGUAAUGAUCUUGGAGAAACUGAAAAUCAGAAAGUGGCGAGAUACAUAAGUGGUUUAAAGGGUUCUAUACAAGAGAAGAUGGGUUUGCAAACUGUAUGGACCGUGCAAGAAGCUUCUAGUCUAGCCUUAAAAGCCGAGCUAAUUGAGAAGUCCUCUCGUGGUUUCUCAUCAUUCAGGAGAUCUGCACCUCAGAAUAAUUUCGAUUCAACCGACGAUAAAGAGAAGAAUGCCAUAAUCAAGGAUUCUAACUUUGGAAACAAGGGAGCUGGAUCAGCUGGUACUUCAACUAGUAAUCGACAAGAAAAAGCACCAAUCCUGAGGCAAAGUAAUCCUUACGCUAAGCCAUCUGGUGACAAAUGUUACCGUUGUGGAGGACAAGGCCACAUAUCAAAUGUUUGUCCAAGUAGAAAAAUUGUUGCUUUAAUAGAGGAAGAAGAAGAAGAUGAACAUGAAGAGGAUAAUGAGUAUGAAGGAGUCGAGUUUGCUGAAGAAGAAUCGCAUAAAAAGGUAAAUUGUGUACUUCAAAGAAUCUUGUUGUCAUCCAAAGAAGAGGGGCAACGCAAGAAUUUGUUUCGAACACACUGCACUGUUCGAGAUAAAGUAUGUAACCUGAUUGUGGAUAAUGGUUGUACCGAGAAUUUAGUUUCUCAGAAGCUAGUUGACCAUUUUAAGCUACCUACAGAGCCACAUGAGAAGCCAUACGCUCUAGGUUGGGUAACCAAGGGUACCCAAGCUCGAGUAGCACUAACUUGCAAAGUUCCUAUCUCCAUUGGGAAGCACUAUAAAGAAGAGGUACUUUGUGAUGUUCUUGAUAUUGAUGUUUGUCAUAUUUUACUUGGUCGACCUUGGCAGUAUGAUAAUGAUGUUACAUAUCGAGGACGGGAUAACGUGUUGAUGUUUACAUGGGGUGUACACAAGAUUGCAAUGGCUCCGGUUUUACACUUUCAUAAGGAUUCAGUAAAGAAAAAGUGUAGUUUCUUGGUGAUGACGCAUAGUGAAAAGGAGCUAGAUGAAUCCUUUAAAGAGACUAACUGUUUCUAUCCAGUGGUGAUCAAAGGAUUAAUGAGUGCUGUGAAAGAAGAGAUGUCAAUUCCCGAAGAUGUGCUAGAGAUAUUAGAAGAGUUUAAGGAGUUGAUUGUAGAUGAAUUACCGAAUGAAUUGCCUCCCAUGCGAGAUAUUCAACAUCAAAUCAAUCUAAUUCCAGGAUCUAGCUUACCAAAUCUUCCUCAUUACCGUAUGAGUCCUAAGGAGAAUGAGAUCUUGGGAGAGCAGAUUGAAGAUUUGUUGAAGAAAGGAUUCAUUCGUGAAAGUAUGAGCCCAUGUGCAGUUCCAGUCCUUCUUGUUCCUAAUAAAGGAAAUCAAUGGCGGAUGUGUGUUGAUAGUAGAGCUAUUAACAAGAUAACUAUCAAGUAUAGGUUUCCGAUUCCUCGGUUGGAAGAUAUGCUUGAUGAAUUAACAGGUUCUAAGGUUUUUUCGAAGAUAGAUCUUCGUAGUGGAUAUCAUCAGAUCAGAAUCAGACCUGGAGAUGAAUGGAAGACAACUUUCAAAAGUAAAGAUGGAUUGUAUGAAUGGCUAGUGAUGCCUUUUGGUUUAUCAAAUGCACCUAGUACCUUCAUGAGGCUAAUGAAUCAGGCUCUUCGUCCCUUCACAGGUUCUUUUGUGGUCGUUUAUUUUGAUGAUAUUUUGAUAUACAGUAAAACCAGAGAGGAACACUUAGAGCACGUGAAGCAAGUGUUGCAAGUUCUACAAAAGAACCAGUUGUUCGUUAAUUUGAAGAAGUGUGUAUUUAGCACCAACAAGUUGUUGUUUUUAGGAUUUGUUGUUGGCGAGGAUGGAAUUCAAGUUGAUGAAGAUAAAGUGAGAGCUAUCAGGGACUGGCAAACUUUGGGGAAUAUGAUUCGGAGUGUUUGUGGAGACAAGCCAAAACAGUGGGAUUUAGCUCUGCCUCAAGUCGAAUUCGCUUACAACAAUGCUAUACAUUCGGCAACAGGGAAAUCACCUUUUUCCCUAGUAUAUACUUCUGUCCCUAAGCAUGUGGUUGAUUUGGUGAAGUUGCCUAGAGCGCAUGGGGUUAGUGUAGCAGCUAAGAAUAUGGCCGAGGAAAUUUUAUCUAUUAAAGAGACCGUCAAAGCUAAGUUAGAAGCUACCAGGCUAAAGAAUAAGAUCGCUGCUGACAAGCAUAGGAGAAUCAAAGUGUUCAAAGAAGGAGAUGAUGUCAUGGUUUUCCUUCGCAAGGAGAGGUUCCCAGUGGGUACGUACAACAAGCUUAAACCUCGAAAGUAUGGUCCAUUUAAGGUGUUACGGAAGAUCAAUGAUAAUGCUUAUGUGGUGGCUCUCCCAGAGUCUAUGAACAUAUCCAAUACCAUUAAUGUGGCUGACAUUCAUGAGUAUCAAGCAGAUGAGAUUCUUUAUCCAGAAGAUAACUCGAGGUCGAGUUCUUCAGAUGUGGAGGAGACUGAGGUAGGAAACUUCUAG